AUGGAUUUUGGUGCACUUGAUGAAAUCAUUUCUUGGGUUAUCAGUAGUCAUGAUGAAUUAUUAGGAUGUGAAUCAUCUAAAUCUGCGAAAACUACUGCAGCCAGACGGAAACGAAGAUUGGCUGGGAUCCGUCCAAGGAUAUCCAUUGAAGAGCUAAGGAACGCCUUCAAACGUCAAGCUUCAGUUCCCCAAGAUGACACCGAGUGUGUGUUUGAUCCCAUGGCGAAGGCCCAAGAGAGUAAAACCAUCAUCCGUGGCAGAACGGGUGUUGUUUACGACGAAGCUAUGGCCAAGCACAAGUGUCCCUGGGAUGACGCAUACCCGGAAUGUCCUGACAGACUCUUAAGUUGCCUGGAUAGGUGUAAGGAACUCCAGUUACUCAGUCGCUGUGAAAAGUUAGAGUCGCGGAAAGCCACAGAGGAGGAAAUUGCCAAACUUCACUCGCGUUCAGUGAUUGACCUUCUACGCUACACUCAGAAAUGAAGAUAAUGAAGAAGCUUUUGAAACUUUAUCGUCCCAUUAUAACUCUGUAUACUUCAGCCCUCAUACGUACGAAGCAGCGAUGCUUGCUGCUGGGAAUACACUGGUCUUGGUAGACAACAUCGCUUCAGGAAAAGUGCAGAAUGGGAUGGCUUUAGUCAG